AUGACCGACCCCACCGCGCGUCUCCGCGCCUUGGUCGAAAACGGCGUCGCCAAACGCUUCGACCUUCGCGCUUGGUCCGUGCAAUCCGGCUGCGCGCGCGCGCGCGCGAUCGAGCGCUUAGAGACGCUGCUCGAACAGGCGCGUCCCGACGUCAUAAAGCUCAUAGUCAUGGAAUCGCUUCAGGGGACGCCCGAGAGCGAUCUAGACGUCAUGGUGUACGGCGAGUGCGCGCCGCGCGCGUUUCUGGAGUUUAUCAACGCGCACGCGCGGACGCUGGCGCUGGAACGCGCGGAAGAGGGAGAUGAGACGCGACGCGGCGACGCGCGCGGGACGGCGUCGACGCGCGCGGCGCUGACGUAUUACGAUUUAGGCAGCGGCGCGGGAAAAUCCGUGCUCACCGCCGCGUUGUCACCGUAUUUCGCGCGAUGUCGUGGAAUCGAGCUCUUGCCUUGCGUGCACGCGAUCGCGGAAAUUUUGGUGGAGGAUUUCUCGCGAGACGUGGCGCCGCGAGACGACGGCGUCUCUCCGAGCGUCUCCGUCUCGCUCGGUGACAUCUUCGUCGAUCUCUCCUGGAUCGACGCGGAUUUCGUGUUUUGUAAUUGCGUGACGUGGGACGAGGCGACGAUGGCGCGAUUGGCGUCGCACGCGGCGAAGAUGCGACGCGGUGCUUUGUUCGUCACCGCGCUGUGUCCGCUGCCGAGCGACGCGUUCGAAGUCGUCGCCGAGGACGAGAUCGAUUUCAGCUGGGGGCGCGUCGACGCCAUCGUCCACCGCAAGACGUAG